AUAUAUAUUCAUGAAUAGCUAUAAUCUCGUCGACUCCCGACAGGAAGGCAUCGAAAGGGCUCGCAAUUCAAACUAUGCCUUCAUUCAGGAAUCGGUGGCCAAUGAGUACGCGAUGGACCAGUACUGCGAGUUGACGGCCAUCGACGACAAGAAGGAGAACUAUCACAGGGAAUACGCUUUGGGACUACAGAAAGGGUCGGCCCAUAAGGCAGACAUCGAUAGAGCCAUAAAACAGCUCAAAAAUGACGGCACUCUCGACAAACUGAAGAGGAAGUACUGGCGAAGGGGUUGUCUGAGCGGAUCAGUUAUGGUUAAGUUAGAUGCCAUCACUUCGUUCAGUCUGAUCGCGUCGGCCCUCAUAUCGUAUAUACUAUUCAAUUGAAAUAUUC